AUGCUCCCUACACCUGACACCUCACACGUCUCAUUUGACACCAUCUACGAGCCAUCUGAAGAUUCCUAUCUCUUCUUGGACACCCUAUCAUCAGCAUCAGAAUCCAAAUGGCUAUCUGAGAGGUUUAAAAAAAGCAGCGGCCUCUCAGAUAAUAGCAUGAAUGCCGUGCCCUUGGUUGUGGAAACCGGUACAGGAUCCGGUGUCGUGCUAGGCUUUGUAGCAGCACACUCCCAACAGAUCUUCGGGCGCCAGGACAUCCUCACACUGGGAACUGACGUGAAUCGGAAUGCCUGUAUCGCCACCGGUAAGACUGUGUGCACCGCCAUACAGUCUAUUCAACAUAAGCAAGAAAACACAGAAAACCACCCGAACCUACAGUCUGUUCACAUCUCCUCUAUAACCGCCGAUUUGUGCACAUCAUUACGCCCGGGCAGCGUGGAUGUCCUUCUAUUCAACCCACCUUAUGUACCCAGCGAGGAUCUCCCGCGGUUACCGACCGCAGCUGAGAAUGAUCCAGCUGUGGCCCAGGCAAUGUCUCGCUCGGCUAGGUUCGAGAGUGACUCGUACUUCCUUUCACUGACCUAUGCGGGUGGUGUGGAUGGCAUGGAGACGACCAACCGGUUACUAGACGCUAUCCCCGGCAUUCUUUCGGCGCGGGGAGUGGCCUAUGUGUUGCUGUGCAAGCAGAACCGACCGGACGAGGUGAUGACGCGCAUCCGUGAAUGGGGUGGUUGGUGUGCCGAAACCGCGGGAUCGAGUGGCAUGCAAGCUGGUUGGGAGAAGUUAGUGAUUGUUCGGAUAUGGAGAGAGGGCAACUGA